CGAACUUACUACGCGGCCUCGAUGUCAUUGGUUGGUUCGCGGACAGCGGCUCGACGCGAUUGGCCAGUUCCCCUCAGGGCCCGUGCCCUGGUUGGCCUAAGACAGCGCGGAAGCGGGGAGUUAAAGAGUCUAUGCCUGUCGUGGAAGCUGGACUGGCCCCUCGGGAGCGCCCAGGAGUCGCCUGUUUGGGGGGCUGCCUUUUUAUACACAACACUAGUUUUCUCUCUCUGCUAUGGGAGAUGUCAAAGAAUCAAGGAUGCAGAUAACACCGGAAACUCCAGGAAGGAUCCCAGUUUUGAAUCCUUUUGAAAGCCCUGGUGAUUAUUCUAAUCUCCAUGAACAAACUCUCUCCAGCCCUUCUGUUUUUAAAUCAAAGAAAUUACCAACUCCAGGGAAAUUUAGAUGGUCUAUUGAUCAACUAGCUGUAAUAAAUCCUGUAGAAAUAGACCCAGAAGACAUUCAUCGUCAAGCUUUAUACUUAAGUCAUUCUCGAAUAGAUAAAGAUGUGGAAGACAAAAGACAAAAAGCCAUUGAAGAGUUUUUCACAAAAGAUGUCAUUGUACCCUCUCCUUGGACUGAUCAUGAAGGGAAACAGCUUUCAGAGUAUCAUUCCAGUAAAUGUAUUAAUAUAACUAGUGAAUCUCCAGUUGGACGAAAACUGACCAUCCAUUCUGAGAAAAACAAUGCUGCUUGUCAGACAUUGCUAUCUCUUCCUGUGGAUUUUAAUUUAGAAAAUGUAUUAGGUGACUAUUUUAGAGCUGAUGAAUUUUCAGAUCAGUCUCCUGGAAACCUCAGUUCUUCAUCCCUCAGAAGAAAGCUGUUUUUAGAUGGCAACGGAAGUAUUUCUGACUCCUUAACUCCAGCUUCUCCCAGAAGUCCUUGUGGUGCUCAAGCCUCACUGGAGGUUUUUUAUUCGAUAGAUUUAUCUCCUGUACGGUGUAGGAGCCCUGUGCAGACACCAAGUUCGGGGCAGUUUUCUUCCAGCCCUAUUCAGGACAGUGCAAAAAAAUACAGCUUGGGAAGUAUAACCAGCCCUUCACCUCUUACUUCACCCACUUUCUCACCAAUUGCAUUUCAAAUAGGAAAGACUCCACUCUCAGAACAAAGAAAGUUUACUUUUCAUUCCCCUGAUAAUUCGUCUGGAACAACACAUUCUAAUGGAAUUACCAAUCCAUGCAUCAGAAGUCCUUAUAUUGAUGGCUGCUCACCAAUUAAGAAUUGGUCUCCCAUGAGACUCGAGAUGUGCACAGGUGGUACACAGUGUCGGACGUCCCUGAUUCAGAUACCUUUUGCUCUUGAAGCUCACGGGGAAGACGAAGAAGAUCAGCUGAAUCUUCCUUGCGCAGAUGCCUCGUCACCAGCCAUGGACAUGGGUGGAGUACCCCUGCGGCAGGUGAAGAGUGACACUGCUGCCCAUGGCGCACAUUUGGUAGUGACCGCCAUGUCUAUUACACAGAAUCAGUCCAGCACUUCUGAGAAAGAAUUAGCACUGUUGCAGGAUAUUGAAAGUGAGAAAGAGAACAACACUGUGGAUAUGGUUGAUCCCAUAGAAAUAGCAGAUGAGAACACUUGGAUUAAGGAGCCAGUUGAUAAUGGGAGUAUGCCCAUCACUGAUUUUGUGAAUGGGAUUGCCUUCAGUAUUGAAAACUCUCAUAUAUGCAUGUCACCUCUUGCGGAGAGCAGUGUCAUUCCUUGUGAAAACAGUAACAUUCAGAUGGAUAGUGGCUAUAACACACAGAAUUGUGGGAGCAAUAUUAUGGAUACGGUUGGAGCAGAUAGUGAUGCACAAAGCUUGGAAGUUGAGAGUAAAUCUCAAGUUUUUAAUAAGGAAGACCGUGUAACACAGAGGUGUUGAAUGAACACAGAAACUUCCCAUCAAGGCAGCAGUCCAUAGAAUACCUCUCAAAGCCGAGGUCCAUCACUCAGUGGCUCCUCACAUAAUUUUUAUGCAGAGGAUCAAUAAUGGGAUCGUGACUGGGAAAAAGGUGCUUCAACUAACAUGCUUAGCUUUUUUUCUUUCCCCCCUUAAUGUGAAAAAUCAAGGGCUUAGUGACACGGGAACAGAAAAGCUCCUGGAACUUUCAACUCAUCGAAGUACAACUGUAUUUUUUUUAAUAAAUAUUUUUGUACUUACCUUGA